CCAUUCUUCUGUAAAAUGUAUGCAUUGUUUGCAAUAUAGCAUGAUAAGCACAAAAUGAACAUGGGACUUUUACUCUUUCUGGAAUAGCUAUCUGACAAAAUGUGGUUUAUGAGGUGUGUGGAAAAACUGGCCAGUCUUUACCAGAGAUAUCAAGACUAUGUGACGAAGAACCCGGCAGCUACGGCUCAACUGGAGAGCACUGUGCGAACACUUUCUUACCUCAUUGCUGGACGGUUUGCCGAUUCACAUGAACUUUCAGAGCUGGUUUACUCUGCCUCCAACCUGCUGGUCCUGCUGAAUGAUGGGAUUCUGCGAAGAGGCCUUUGUCAGACCCUACCUGUGUCUUUGUCCCAGCAGAGACUUCUCACCUGGCUGACUGUGGUGGAACAUAUGGAGGUUUUCAUUGAAAUGGGAGCCAGCAAACUCUGGGGUGAAGGGGGUCGCUGGCUUGUCAUCGUCCUCAUUCAGAUCUCCAAAGCCAUCCUGCGCAUCCUGCUGCUGUUCUGCUACAAGUCUGGCAUCCAGACGUCCCCUCCCAUCGCCCCCCUGGACAGAGAGAUGCAGCUGAACAGAGGGGAAAACCUGAAUCAGCAGGAGGAUCCGGUCUUUGUGGGUCAGCGGUCUGGAAGAGCCAUGCGUCCGUUAGGCAGCGCCCCCUCUCCGCAUGCCCGCCUGUGGGGGGUGCACCGGCCAGAGCAAAUGGUGGCCACCCCGAAGGAGGAGCUUCACCCUGGCCCCACCCCUCUGGGGCUGCUGGAGACCGUGGCGGAGUCGUUGUACAUUGGGCGGCCCCUGGUCCACCUGCUCUGUUUAGGGAUUUGUGGCAGGAAAUCCUGGAAGCCAUGGCUCAUCUCUGGAAUCAUUGAAGUAACAAGCUUUGGCCUGAUGAAUGAUGUGAAGUCACUGAACCGUCGGGAAAGGGCGGAGAUGAGACGGCGAGCAUUCCUGCUGCUCUACUACCUGCUCCGCUCCCCAUUCUACGACAGAUACUCUGAGGCGAAGAUUCUGUUUCUACUGCGCUUUUUAUCUAAUUAUAUCCCAGGUGUGGGCUUUGUUGCACGUCCACUGAUGGAAUACCUACCAGUUUGGCAAAAGAUUUACUUUUAUAAUUGGGGGUGAAGUUGUCAAGGUAGGAAGUACUAGGCCUAUAUGUAUUACAGGAAAUCCUUCAGAAGUCUAAAGGGACUGCAAGACGGUCGAUCCUCGCCCAACACCACCCAACACUGAAUUCUGACAGUUUCCGAGAUGUCCAUAGAUGAGUGUAGAUGAAUUUUACAAGCAACUUGUUCCAAGUGCUUUGAUACUUUUUACUGUCUGAAGUGUAUGUGGUCAACUCUCUUCUCUUUUACAGUCACUUGGUCAUGAGUUCUCUGGAUAUUUUCCAUCAUCUUAAUGAACAUAAAUUCAUACAUUUGCUCUUUGUUGUGGAUUACUUUUUGUAGAUUUGCAUAAAUUUGCUCCAGUAUCUCUGCCUUGUUUCUGAUGUGGCUCAUCGUGAAUCUUUGCAUUCAUUUCUUCUUUCUGUAAUUUUGUUUGUGAUUGCCUGUUAGCAGUAAACAAUUGACUUCUUGCCAUUGCAUGGGAAAGUUAAUCAAGGAAUACCACAAAUCAGUUCAGUGACCACAUGGGUAAGCUCAUCAGAUGUCACAAGUUCUCAGUUCCUUGUUCUCUUGCUGGAAAGUUGGUCAUGUUGAACAGAUGGAUACAUUAGGACAUCAUAAGUAUUAAGUGAGACAAAAUAAUGGAGCCAAUUUUACAACCCAUAGGAGCUCCAUUAAAAUUAUAACUAAACUUUUCCAUAGGGUCAUAAACCUAACUGGAAGCAGCUGGAAAUUUGUGGAAAUGGGGGAGGGAUUUUCACUGUGUGAAAACUGUUUAAUUACCCUUUAAGUUUAUCCUAGGGACAUGAAAAAUAACUGUGAAAGUUUUAAUCCAGGAGAUCCUGAGGAAUUAAGACUGUUCUGAUGUAUUGUAAUUUUUAACAAGAAUGCUUUUAUACAGAAUGUCAUCUGAAAAUAAUAUCAAUAAAUCCGUAAAACUUG